UCAGGAAGGUUCUGAAGUUCCUUCAGCUGUCGGAGUCAGCCAUGCUGGCCACUCUGUGGCUGGUUAGUCUUUCCCUUCCCUUGCUGUGGGCCCAGAGACUAAUCAACUGUCCUUACAAGAAUGUGUGCCAGCUCGCCCUGCUCUCGGGCAAUGACGUGAUCCUGCACUGUAACUACCGCAAAGCACAAUGGUAUUUUUCUUCGGCUGUGGAGGACGGCACGUCCCUUCUCCACACCGUGCCCAAUGUGAAGAUACUGCCAGAGAGCAACCUGCAGCUGUCCAACCCUCAGCCCUUCCAGACCGGCCUCUACCGCUGCCUGGACGACCAGAUGACGCGCGUGGUGGAGUACGAGAUCGACUUUCAGGACAUAGGCCUGCUGCACAUCACGCACAAAGACCUGGGCCAGGAGCCCAUGGGGAAUGAGACCGUGAACCUGGAAGGCAAGGUUGUCAUUUUCACCCACUGGGACCCUUGGCAGGACUGUAGCCGCUGUGGCAAUCCCGGCGAACGCAAACGGCUGGGCUACUGCUACAUGGCGACGGCGCUGGAGAAACCCACGCCCUGCUGGCUCUACCUGAGAAAAGAGAAGCUGGUCCACAGCCGCCUGCGGCCCGAACUCCAGGUACAGGCCUGCCAGGUGCCCUGUGACAGCGCCACGGAAACCAGUCAGCCCUACUUCGUUUUUGACACUCACCAGCUGGACAAAGCCAACCAGCAUGCCUGGCUCAUCUGCCCCCUGGCUUCCAUUUACAGGUAACAGGAGCAGGGCUGGCGGCCUUUCUUUAGGCCUCAC